CUUAGUUUUGAGCUAGGUUCAAAAGCCACUAGUAAGAGAAUAUAAGAGAAAGAAUAUAUAUUAUAUAUCCCCAAAUCUCAAAUAGCUCUCCAAAUUUCACCCAAAAUGCUUUGCUUGCUUUACCUUUAAAAAAAGAUUCUUGUGGAGGAUGGUCGAUUCAGAGACUAUAUCAUGAAGAGUGGUCACUACCCAGUGUAAUCCCACAACAGUGGGGUCUGGGGAGGGUAAGAUGUACGCAGCCUUACCCCUACCUGGGUAGGGAGGCUGUUUCCGAUUGACCCUCGGCAACCCUCCUCCUUUAUCCGGGCUUGGGACCGGCAAUGUGAGCGAGCUCACACAGGCGGAGUUAGACUAUAUCAUGAAGAGUAUUGGAAAGAAAUGGAAAGAUACUAGAUUUAAUCUCCAUCAUCGCUUCUAUAAAGAGCCAUUGACGUUGGAGGAAAAUGUUGCAAGACGUCCCAGUGAAAUUGAUCCUGACCAGUGGAUCUGGUUUCUUCAAUACAGCAAGGAUAAGAAAACUCGGGUAACAUAUUAUUUGGAGCGUAAACGUAGUAGAGGAGAGUUGUGGACUUUGACGCACAAACGGAAAGACAAGACCUAUAUGAAUGCGGCAACCAAGAUUAUUGGUGAGGAAAUAGAGAGGAUGGCUCGUCAAAGCAAAUUUCAUAAGUUGAUUCACUUGCACAAGUGCUAGGGAAAGAACAUACUGGUCAAGUUCGAGGAGUGGGUUAUGGACCGACACCUACUCAAGUAUUUGUCAGAACAGCCCAACAAAUUAAUAGUGUAUAUUACUGUUACCAUUAUCAAAAAAAAAUUAAUAGUGUAUAUUGAACACAAGCUUGUCGAGAUCAUAAAAUGAAGGAGAUGAAGAUGCAUGAGCUUCAAUCAAUGGUGGAAAGUGAGAGAUAUAGAAGGCGAGCUCUUGAGAACUUUCUAACAAGAUAUUUUGUGCAACAAGGAGUGGAAUUGUUGGCUGAUAUGGGUAGUGCUACGACGGUAUGUUUUUACCUUCUUUCUGUCUGUCUCUCCCGAGUUGAAUUUGAUAGCUGAUGCUGUUUAUUAUCCUUGUCAAAAUACUGGAAAGCUGCCGAUGCAUAUUAGCUAAGUGUCAAUGAUCUUAAAUUUGGACUAUAAAUCUAUAAUGUUCUUGUUUAUAUGGUAAACAUAUUAUAAAUUCUUACUGCUUCCAUCAGUUGUUCUAUUUCAGCUUCAGUGAGCCUCGAUCCUACCCUUGUUCAUCCUCUGUUGUUUAAACACAUCAAACCACCAGUUGAUAUUAUAAAGAUCAUACUAUCUUUUUACUUAUAGUAAAUUGGCCUUUCCUAAUAUGCUAUCAAGCUGAUAUAUUUUUAUUUUCUCUUUUUGUGUGAUUGCUAGUUUAUUGUUGCUUAUUUGUUUUUUCGUGGAAAAUAUGAGUUACUCAUAAAAGGGCAUGUGUACAUUUGUGGAGAGAGUGUUUGAAAAGUCUAUAGAAACUAGAAAACAACUUUAAGAAACAGGUAGUUUAUUGUUCAUAUUUGUUUUUAUGUUUAUGUUUUCAGGCUUUAAACAGGUCUUCUCCAUCCAAAUCUUGAUACC